CAGGGGCCUGUUGCACAAAAGUAGAAUUAAGACAUCCGGGAUAAAUGACUCAGCUGAGCUCAAUGAAGCCAAAACAUGUGCGUCCAGGCUUAAUUGGUUGCACAAAGACCAAGCCAGGAUGAGCAGACACGGAUUCAUUAAGCCAGGUGAAACCAAUCCUGGAUAGGUGCGCGCUCACGGCUCACUCAAAUAGACCCCGCCACAGAUCACAGAUUAACUGAUUUACCAUGGCAACUAGAGCCGCGUACUUUUCCCCGUCGGAAGCACAAAUCCUCAUGGAGGCAUACGAGGAGGUAAAAGAUAUAAUUAAGAAGAAAGGCAACACCGCCACAGUGAUAAAGCAAAGAGAAAAAGCGUGGCAAAGUAUUGCAGACCGCCUGAAUGCAUUAAACAUGAACGGGCCAAAACGGACAUGGCAGCAGGUCAAAAUCAAAUACAAGAACAUUCUGCAGAAUGCAGUGAAAAAGAAUACCCACAGACAAGGUACGGGUGGUGGGUCACCAAAGGCUGACCUUACCCCAGCAGAGGACAUGGCCUUGGAGCUAUAUAAAGGCAGGCCCGUCUUAGAGGGGAUCCCUGGGGGGAAAGAGACGAGCAUAGGUUCCUCCCAAGAUGCCACCCGCUUCAUUCAAGGGCCUGGCAGCACUGUGUUCCUGUUAGAGCCACCAGCACAAGCACCAGACGAUGCUGAUCCAGGUGAAGGCCCCAGUGCAGCAGCAACAGCACAUGAUGGAGACGAUGAUGAGGAGGAGACCAUCUCUCUGGAUUCCAGAAGGCAUGAGGACCCAGAUGCUAUACAGUGGGAAAACCAGCCUGGCAACAUAAGCUCACAAGCUAUCAGAAAGUUGUAUGGCAACCACCUCCGGCGCCAAAUAGAACUGGCAGACAUAGACAUUCAGUACAAGAAGAAAAAGAUGGAAAAUCUUGCACUGGAGUCCGAAAUAAAAAAGAGGACAAUUAGGAAACUGGACCUUGAAAUAAAAAAACUUGAGAGGGAGGUGAGAUAUGCCUUCAAUGUACACUGUAUGCUAACUGUAACACAAAUGUAUUAAUCAUUAUUUUUCUUUCCUCCCCCAGCUCCAAGAAGAUGACACAGCUCAAAAUAAAAAUUAGGUAUAUUCUCGUAAAGUCAAGUGAGCCAUGACAUAUGAGCUCUUAUUGUGAGCACACAGGACGGUGGCAUCUUUCUGAGUUUUUUUUUAUUUUCCCAGCAAUCAGUACAACCAAGUCAUCGUUAUAAGGCAUCGCCCUCUUUUGUCCACCCCCAGCACCAGGUGUGGCCACUAGCCUAUAUGAAGGCCCAAAAUUGUGUGUUCCUUUCUGCUCUGACAAUGGCAUGCCCAUUCGUGCGAGAUGUGGUGGAUGAAGAAGCACUUGUGCUGAGGAGAGCCUUCAGGCAAGAAAGGGUCUUCAGGGACCGGUUGGACCCACUGGCCUUCCCUGAUGACCAUCUAUAUGAAAGAUACAGGUUUUCUGCAGAUGGCAUCAGGUAUCUAUGCAGACUACUGGGUCCCAGGAUUAAGCACCGCACUGCACGGAGCCAUGCACUGAGUGUGGAGCAAAUGGUUUGUGUGGCCUUGCGCUUUUUUGCUAGUGGAGCCUUCCUGUACUCAGUGGGGGAUGCAGAACAGAUGAACAAGGCCACAAUUUGCCGCACAAUAAGGAGUGUGUGUCUGGCUAUCAAAGCAUUAGCAGAUGUCUUCAUCUCCUUCCCUGGCCACAGAAGACUCUGUGACAUCAAAGAGGAGUUCUAUAGGAUUGCAGAUGGUCUGCAAUGCUGACUGUGUGAUCAGCAAUGUUGUGGCAAAAUGGCCUGGCUCAGUCCAUGACUCCAGAAUCUUUCGGGCCUCUGAAAUCUAUCA